AUGGUGCAGGCCACCAGCUACGCCACCGUGAUCUGGCACGUCGUGUUCGCGAUCUGGGUGACGCUGCCGCUGCAGACCGUUGGCACCGUGAUCCUCCUGCGAGCCUUCUCCCCCAAGGUCUUCGCGACAUUCCUCUGUGCGGCGAUCGGGGUGGUCUGCUUCCACUGGCUGGCGAUCCCCGCGAUCGCGAACACCCCCCUCGGGGGCGUCCUGCUGCACGCGCUGUUUGCCUGCUUCGAGGACGUCCCCAUCGCCGCGUGGGUCUACUGCCUGGUGUACGUCGUGAGGCUGCAGGACCACGUCGCCUCGAAGCAGAGCGGCCGCGCGAGCCCGUUCAAGGAUCGGGAAAACCCACUGGGCAGCGAUGACUGCCUGCUGAUCGUCGGGAACGCUCCCACCGUGACGGACGGCGCGCCGAUGGGAUCCGUGAUGGACAGCUUCACCAACGUCGUGCGCUUCAACCAGUACUCCGUGAGCCGGCCGGCCCACACCGGGUCCAAGGUGGACUUCCACUUCUGCAACGGCCGCAACUUCCCGUCCUCGAGGACCGUGACGGCGGUUUUGCCGCUCUUCAACGCGUCGCUGACGCACGCCAUCUACCUCUACAUGCCGCACCUCGAGGACGCCGCGGACAUCUACGCCAACCUGACGAACACCAAGGUGGACGCCUGGUUCGUCGAGGAGGAGCGGAUCCUCGAGCUGCGGAGGAAGAUCGGGUGCCGCGUGUGGCAGAUCCCGACGUCCGGCAUGGUGGCCAUAGACAGUUUCCUGUCCAAGCGAAAGGAAGUGUUCCUCCACGGCUUCAACUUCUUCGAGGGCAAGAAGAUCCACUACUUCGAGGAGUCGCCCGUCCAGCUCAUCGCCUCCUGGCUGGAGAGCGCUUCGUCACGCACGACCCCAGCAGGGAGAAGACGUGGGUGGCCGGGCUCGCGCAGGAGACGGCCGCGUGUCGUUCCUGGCCGCGUCGGCGGCCACGGCCGCGGAGGCGGCGAGGGCGGAGGAGGGCCCGGCGGACGCGGCCAAGGGCGAGAAGGAGGCGGGGAAGAAGCCGGAAGCGAGGGGCCCGGGCUUCUUCAAGACGCUGACGGCGUGCCGAGCCAGUUCCCCUUCUGA